UAUGUGUUUUCAUUCAAUAGCCUUUCUUUCCCCUACCUUUCUCACUUGUUUUGUCCCAAUGGGUCACCACCACCCUUUCCUCUUCUCCCUCCUCCUCCUCCUCCUCCUCCUCCUCCCCACCGCCACAGCCGACGACGGCGCCACCAUUCUUAAGCUGGCCAACUCUAUAACCCCAUUACCCUCCGGCUGGUCCGCAAAAUCCUCCACCACUUUUUGUUCCUGGCAUGGUAUAAACUGUGAUUCUUCCAAAUCAAGAGUCACGUCCAUUUCUCUCUCAAAACUCAGCCUCUCAGGCACUCUUCCUCCAGAAAUAUCUACCCUUUCUGAACUACAAUCUCUGUCUGUACAGGGAAACCAGCUUUCUGGGGAUCUCCCAUCCCUCGCGAACUUAACGAAUUUGCAAUACAUUUUCUUGGAUUCCAACAAUUUCACGUCCAUCCCUCCUGGUUUUUUUCAAGGAUUAACGGGUUUGCAAACGUUAAGUAUUGGAAAUAAUGUUAAUUUGUCUCCGUGGCAGCUUCCAACUGAUUUAGCUCAAUGUACUAGUCUGACAACGUUAACAGCCAAUGAUUGUCAACUUUUUGGUUCUAUUCCUGAUGUUUUUGGGUCGUUACCAAGUUUGCAGAAUUUGAGACUGAGUUAUAAUAAUUUGACGGGGGUUUUGCCACCUUCUUUUGCGAAUUCUGGGAUACAGAAUUUGUGGUUGAAUAAUCAGCAAAUUGGGUUAACUGGGAGUAUUGAGGUGAUUGGAUCGAUAACUCAGUUGUCUCAGGUUUGGCUUCAUAUGAAUCAGUUUACGGGUCCUAUACCAGAUUUGACAGAAUGUAAGAGCAUUUUUGAUUUGCAGUUGAGGGAUAAUCAGUUUACAGGGAUUGUGCCUGCGUCGUUGGUUUCUUUGCCGAAUUUAGUGAAUGUUUCUUUGUCUAAUAACAAAUUCCAAGGACCUGUGCCUCAGUUUCCCCCGUCUGUUAUCACUGUUAAAAAUGAAGGGAUUAACAAAUACUGUGCAGGUCCUGGGGUUCCUUGUGACGCUCUGGUGAUGACAUUGCUCGAGAUUGCUGGGGGAUUUGGGUAUCCGUCGACAUUGUCUGAUAAGUGGGACGGUAAUGAUGCUUGUGGUUGGCCCCUUGUUACUUGUGACGUUGGGAAGAAGAACGUUGUUACUGUGAAUUUGGCAAAGCAGCAAUUUACGGGGAGUAUCUCUCCAUCAUUUGCCAAGCUCUCUUCUUUGAAAAGUUUGUAUCUCAAUGAGAAUAACUUGACGGGUUCAAUUCCUGGUAGCUUGACCAAGCUGCCAGAGCUAGAAACCCUUGACGUUUCCAACAAUAACCUAUCAGGAAAAAUUCCCGAGUUUCCAGGCUCUGUGAAAUUAAUUACAAAGCCGGGGAACCCAUUCUUAAGGACAGAUGUAGAUACUUCCAGUGGAGGAACUACCAAUGGCACUUCCAAUGGAGGAACUACCAGUGGAGGAAGCAGUGCAGGUAGUACCAAGAUACCUGGUGGUGUGAUUGCAGGCAUCAUUGUUGCUGGUGUCAUCUUUAUUGUUGUCCUGUCAUUUGUCUUUUAUAAAUAUAAGAAACGAGAUCCCAAAUCUGGGAAGGAGUUGAAAUGGGAUGGUGGAAAGGCAUUUUUCAAAAAUGAAGUUGCAGGUGGAGGGAAUGGUUAUAAUAAGGUCCCUAUUGCAUUGCAUAGCCAGAGCAGUGAUGGUGAUAACAGCAAAAAUAUUUUUGAGGGUGGGAAUGUUGCUGUGCCCAUUGAAUUUCUUCGACAAGUGACUGAUAAUUUUCAUGAGAUCAAUAUUAUAGGAAGAGGUGGUUUUGGAGUGGUUUAUAGAGGAGAGUUGCAUGAUGGAACUAAGAUUGCUGUGAAGAGAAUGGAAUCCACAGUGAUGGGAAACAAAGGUAUGAGUGAGUUUCAAGCAGAGAUUGCGGUGCUUACAAAGGUUAGGCAUAGACAUCUAGUUGCUCUCUUAGGUUAUUGUAUAAAUAGCAACGAGAGACUCUUGGUCUAUGAGUAUAUGCCACAAGGAACACUAGGACAGCAUCUAUUUGAAUGUCACGAUUACAGGUACACUCCACUUACAUGGAAGCAGCGGAUCACAAUUGCACUGGAUGUGGCAAGAGGAGUUGAGUAUCUGCACGGUUUAGCACAGCAGAGUUUCAUUCACAGAGAUUUGAAAACUUCAAACAUUCUUCUUGGGGACGACAUGAGAGCCAAAGUGGCAGAUUUUGGUUUGGUUAAAAAUGCACCAGAUGGGAAGUAUUCUGUGGAAACACGAUUGGCAGGCACAUUUGGUUAUCUUGCACCUGAGUAUGCUGCUACUGGAAGAGUGACUUCAAAGGUGGAUGUUUAUGCCUUUGGAGUUGUUCUGAUGGAGAUUAUAACUGGCAGAAAAGCAGUGGAUGACACUAGGCCAGAAGAGGCAGCUCAUCUGGUCACAUGGUUCCGCAGGAUCCUGAUCAACAAGGAGAACAUUCCAAAGGCAAUUGAUGAGUCUCUAAAACCAGAUGAAGAGACAUUAGCCACCAUUUAUACGGUGACUGAGUUAGCAGGACAUUGCACUGCUCGUGAUCCAUAUCAGAGACCAGACAUGGGGCAUGCAGUGAAUGUAUUGGCACCUCUUGUAAAGCAAUGGAGGCCGACUAGCCAACAAGAGGACCAGAACUGUGGCACCGACCUUGACACCAACCUUCCUGAAACACUGCGAAGAUGGCAAACUGAAGAAGGUACUUCUACGAUGUCUGAUGAUACUUCCUUCACUCAGACCAGGUCAAGUGUUCCCUCAAUGACCUCUGGCUUUUCAGACACAUUUACUUCAAAUGAUUGUCGGUGACAAAAGGAGAUUAAAAUACUUUUGAAGAGGUAAGGUAGAAAGGUGGAGAUUUGUAUCCUUCUCCACUGGCUGGAUUGCCACUAGUGAUUACCAAACUAUACCAAGGCUUCAUUGUAUUUAUUUAUUUUUGUUAUUUUAAUUGGUCCAAAGCUGAACAUUAGAGCUAUUUAGUUUUUUUUUCUCUCUACUGUAGUCGUUGAGGCUACUGAUUGAUUUAGCUACCCUGGAGUCAAAUCAGAAACGGGGAGAAAAGGUGGUGGUAAUAUAUUUCAGGCUCUAUU